AAUUCCAUUUGAUUUGCGUUGCUACUUGCUAGGUUUUGACUUUUGACAAAUUGAAGAUUUUCUAGGGUUUGUUCUAUUUCUCUGUUUUUUAUUAGUCUCUCUGCCUCUAACAUUUAAUUUGUUACUAUUCUUCUGUGUGUGUAAGACUAAAAAAAACUCAGUCACUUACCCUAAUAUGGAUACUGAACCAAGGAAACGUAUGCAAACUCAUUCGGCUAAUCCUCGCGAAAUGGGUGUUCUAGGAUCCAGAGGUCUCCUCAAAGAAUCUGAGUUCAUAAGGCUUAUCCUUGAUGCACUUAUCUCACUUGGAUUAAAUGACACUGCAGCCUAUCUAGAGAACGAGUCUGGCAUUUCUCUCUACAAUCAUGUCACUACAAAGUUUCUGAAUCUAGUUAACAAUGGAGAAUGGAUCGAAAGCAUUAAGUCACUACCGGAUUUAGAUCUACAUAAUGAAAGGGCUGUGAAAUUCUUGCUUCUAGAGCAGGGUUUCUCUGAGCUUCUCGAGGAUGGACAUAUUGAUGCGGCCCAAAGAUUACUUGAGAAAGAGAUUUUUCCGCUUGGAGUUAACAAGCAGCUCGAGGAUGAGCUCGAAUCGAGAUUUUUUGCAGCUGGUGUAACUGCCAUUCCAAGGGUUGAGUUUGUAAAGAAACUGCGAAAAUCUUUUCCUCCUGAAGUUCUAAUCCCAGAAAGGAGGCUGGAGUGUUUGUUAGAGAGGACGCUUGAUCGUGACCGGACAAAUUGUUAUUUACAUAAUGUUCCUGAUUGUCAUAUGUCGAUAUUCUCUGAUCUUCAUCAUUGUGGGGUGCAUAAAUUUCCUUCUGAGACUUUACAGACAUUGGAGGAACAUACGGAUGAAGUCUGGUUCUUGGAAUUCUCACAUAAUGGCAAAUUUUUGGCUUCAUCUUCCAAGGAUAAAUCAGCAAUUAUAUGGGAGAUCGAUUCAAAGGGGAAGUUUUCACGGAAGCAUACACUUUUGGGACAUGAGAAGCCCGUGUUAAUGGUUUUAUGGAGUCCUGAUGAUACAGAAGUCAUUACUUGUGGAGAAGAUGAGGCUAUCAAGCGCUGGGAUGUUGGUUCAGGAGAAUUUCUUCGAUCUUAUGAAAGAAAUGGUGUUGGUUCUGUUUCUUGUGGAUGGUUUCAUGAUGGUUCAGGUAUAAUUGGUGGGAUGAAUGACAGAAACAUCUUGUUGUGGAAGUUAGAUGGGACUGAAAUAAAGCACGAGCUAAAACAACGGGAACAGAAGCUUUCUGAUGUAGCCAUGACGACUGAUGGGAAGUGGCUUGUAAGCAUGGACAAGGAAGAUGAGAUUACGUUUGCUAAUAGAGAAACAUGGGAGGUUCAGAAAUUGAUUAGAGAGCAAGGCACGAUAAACUCAUUCUCCCUUUCGAAAGACAGCCGGUUUAUCCUAAUUAGUUCAAAUACCAACGAUCUAACUUUGUGGGGUUUUGACCACGAAGAUCCGGAGAUGUAUCAUCAAUAUGAAGGCCACACGAGUGGGUCUAUUUUCAGGUCUUCCUUUGGUGGUUAUGAAGAAACAUUCAUUGCCAGUGGGAAUGAAGAUUGUCAGGUAUACAUAUGGGAAAGCGUAGAACCUACCAUACCUAUUAGUAAAUUGAAAGGACACUCAGGAGCUGUGAACUGCGUGAGCUGGAACCCAAUUAACCUGCAUAUGUUGGCUUCAGCAAGUGACGAUGGAACCAUCCGGAUUUGGGGGGGACGUGACCAGAAGUUGCAGAUGCUAACAGAUGAUGAUGAUGACGAUGAUGAUGAUUACCAUGAUGGUGAAGAUGAUUAUGAGCUGUUUCUCUGUGAGUGCCAUAAUAUUCCGAAUAGUGAUUUGUCCCUAAGCUCUGAUCAUCAUUGUGGGAUCCAUCAAAUUCCUUCGGAGACUGUACAGACUUUGGAGAAACAUACGGAUGAAGUCUGGUUCUUGGAAUUCUCACAUGAUGGCAAGUAUUUGGCUUCAUCUUCCAAGGAUAAAUCAGCAAUUAUAUGGGAGAUCGAUGCACAGGGGAAGUUUUCGGAGAAGCAUAAACUUGUGGGACAUGAGAAGCCCGUGGUAAUGGUUUUGUGGAGUCCUGAUGAUAAACAAGUCGCUACAUGUGGAGAAAAUGAGGUUAUCAGGAGCUGGGAUGUUGAGUCAGGAGAAUUUAUUCAAUCGUAUGAAAGAAAUGGUGUUGGUUCUGUUUCUUGUGGAUGGUUUCAUGAUGGAUCAGGUAUAAUUGCUGGGAUGACAGACAGAAGCAUCUGCUUGUGGAAUUUAGAUGGGACUAAGCUAGUGCACGAGCAAGGUUCACGGGAACAGAAGCUUUCUGAUGUAGCCAUGACAACUGAUGGGAAGUGGCUUGUAAGCGUGGACAGGGUGCAUGUGAUCUCAUUGUUUAAUAGAGAAACCAGAACUGUGAGACUGAUUACAGAGGAAGACAUGAUUACCUCGUUCUCACUGUCGAAAAACAACAAGCAUCUUCUGAUCAAUCUCAUUACCCAGAAGAUCCAUGUCUGGAACAUUGAAGGCCAACCAUAUAAAUGUUUUGAAUAUAAUGGCCACAAGCGUAGUCGGUUUAUCAUCAGGUCAUGCUUUGGUGGCUAUGAAGACAGCUUCAUCGCCAGUGGGAGUGAAGAUUCUCAGGUGUACAUAUGGAUCAUGCGAAGAGCACAGAAGGAACCUUUUAGUGUAUUGCGAGGACACUCAGGAGCUGUGAACUGCGUGAGCUGGAACCCUAUUAACCUGCAUAUGUUGGCUUCAGCAAGUGACGAUGGAACCAUUCGGAUUUGGGGACUUGACACAAAGUUGAAGUGAUUCAAUGGUAACAGAUGAUGAUGACUUGGACUGCAGAUUAGUUUCAUUUGACAUUCAUCAUGUACAUAUGAUGAUAGAUAGGUUUUAGACAUUUGCAUUCUUCAUCCUCGUGAUGUUUUUACUUCUUUUGUCCAUAAUAGAACAGAAGCUGAAUG